AUGGCCUUCCGUCUGCCUCUCCGUCGCCUUGCCCUGGCCCGCCCCGCCACCGUUGCGCGUGGCUUCCACUCGACGCCCCGCGUCCUGGUCAAGGUCGGCGACGAGGUCCCGAGCCUGGAGCUGUUCGAGAAGUCGGCCGCCACAAAGGUCAACCUGGCCGACGAGUUCAAGAAGGGCGACGGAUACAUUGUCGGCGUCCCUGCAGCCUUCUCCGGUACCUGCUCGGCUACGCACAUCCCCUCGUACAUCAACCACCCCAACAUCAAGACGGCUGGCCAGGUCUUUGUCGUUUCUGUCAACGACCCCUUUGUCCAAAUCAUCAUCGUGCUGACCAUUGACAAGAUUCGCUUCGUUGCCGACCCCACUGCUGAGUUCACCAAGGCUCUGGACGUGGGAUUUGACGAAGCUGCUGCUCUCUUUGGAGGCACCCGAAGCAAGCGCUAUGCUCUCAAGAUCAAGGAUGGCAAGGUCGCUGCCGCCUUUGUUGAGCCGGACAACACGGGCACUGCCGGUGAGUUUUCUCCUCAUUUUCUCCUCUCAUCUACUCCUCGAGCCUCCCAUUUUGGCAUCUGA